UUGAGACCAGACAAACUUGCGUAGCCUACGCGGCUCUCUCUGUCUGUCUCUCCAUGGACGACUGGAGGGGAGAGGAGGAAACGGGGAUCAUUCUCGUCGGGAGCGGAGCGCAUUUCCACGGCCCAGCGAUGAUUUAAUCACGGAAAAACAGCAGGGGAAGGAGAAGGAGAAGACGACGACGCCGGGAGGAGAGCGGACCAGUCGGACCGUUGGAGAUGUGCGGUCGGCCGAGAUUGCGGCGGUCACAGCAGCCCUGCGACGUGUUGUUUUCCAGUUGAUUUUUCUCCACACGGUAUCCCUGUCUAGGCCUGGACUGAGCAGAUUGUUCUGGAAGGAAAAGGAUAACAAACGGGGGAAGUGAACAUGGCUGGGACCUCGGGCUUCUUUUCCAACGGACCUGUUCCGUGGAUGGAGAACGACACGGAGAUGAACAACCUCUACAGAGAUCUGGAGCUGGGCACAGUACUGACACUGUUUUAUUCCAAGAAGUCCCAGCGGCCGGAGAGAAGGACAUUUCAAGUCAAGCUGGAGACCAGGACAAUUAUCUGGACACGGGGCACAGAUAAAAUAGAGGGAGAGAUUGACAUUAGAGAGAUCAAAGAGAUUCGUCCUGGGCAGAAGUCUCGGGACUUUGAGCGGUAUGUGGAGGACUCGGCGGCGCGGCUGGACCAGGCGCACUGCUUUGUCAUCCUGCAUGGCACAGAGUUUCGCCUUAAAGCACUCAGCCUUGCAGCAACAUCUGAUGAGGAGAUGACCAUGUGGGUGAAGGGCUUGAACUGGCUUGUGGCUGACACAUUGAAGUCACCCACGCCUCUCCAGAUAGAGAGGUGGUUACGCAAGCAGUUCUAUGCCGUUGAUCGCAAUAGAGAAGACAGGAUAUCCUGUAAGGAUCUGAAGAGCAUGCUGAGCCAGGUCAACUACCGGGUCCCCAACAUGAGGUUCCUCAGAGAGAAACUUCCGGACUCAGAGUUGAGGAAUGGAGACGUUUCCUUCAGUCAGUUCGCCCAGCUCUAUCGCAGUCUCAUGUUUGACGCUCAGAAAAAUAUGGAAAUCCCGUUUCUACAGAGGUUCACUGAUAGACCAGAACAGAGGAUCUCUCUAGAGGACUUCAAGAGCUUCCUCCUGGAAUCCCAAAAGGAACUGUGGGCCACAGACAACAACAAGGUGCAGGAGUUUAUGUUUGGCUACCUGAAAGACCCCCUGAGAGAAGUGGAGCAGCCUUACUUCCACCAAGAUGAGUUCCUGACCUACCUGUUCUCUAAGGAGAACACCAUCUGGGAUUCCUCACUGGACCAGGUGUGUCCUGAAGACAUGAAUAAUCCCCUGUCCCACUACUGGAUCUCCUCUUCGCAUAACACCUAUUUGACAGGAGACCAGUUUUCCAGUGAGUCGUCUCUGGAGGCGUAUUCUCGCUGUCUAAGGAUGGGCUGCCGCUGCAUUGAGUUGGACUGCUGGGAUGGUCCAGAUGGAAUGCCAGUCAUCUACCAUGGGCACACCCUCACGACGAAGAUCAAGUUCUGCGAUGUCCUCACAACUAUCAAAGAGCAUGCCUUCGUUACAUCUGACUAUCCCAUCAUCCUGUCCAUUGAAGAUCACUGUAGCAUUGUGCAGCAGAGGAACAUGGCCACUUUCUUUAAGAAGGUGUUUGGAGACAUGUUGUUGACCAAGGCUGUGGACAUCUCAGCCGAUGGCCUGCCCUCCCCCAGCCAGCUCAAGAGAAAGAUCCUCAUCAAGCAUAAGAAGCUUGCAGAAGGCAGUGCCUAUGAGGAGGUGUCCACCUCCACUCCCUACUCAGAGAAUGAUAUCAGCAACUCCAUCAAAAACGGCAUCCUGUAUCUGGAGGACCCGAUCAACCAUGAGUGGUACCCUCAUUUCUUUGUCCUGACCAGCAGUAAGAUCUACUACUCUGAGGAAACCUCCAGUAACCAAGGCAAUGAUGAUGAGGAGGAGCACAGAGAGGUAUCGAACGGUAUGGACCAGCAUGUGACAGAAAAGUGGUUCCACGGGAAGCUGGGCGCAGGGCGGGAUGGGCGGCAGAUAGCUGAGAGGCUGCUGUCUGAGUACUGCCUGGAGACCGGAGCUCCUGAUGGCUCCUUCCUGGUCCGAGAGAGUGAGACCUUUGUGGGAGACUAUACACUUUCUUUCUGGCGCUCAGGGCGGGUGCAGCACUGUCGAAUCCACUCUCGUCAAGAGGCCGGCAGCCCCAAGUACUACCUGACUGACAAUUUGGUGUUUGACACACUCUUUGCCCUCAUCAACCACUACCAGCAGGUGGCAUUGCGCUGCAAUGAGUUUGAGAUGAAACUGACGGAACCUGUGCCUCAGACCAACGCACAUGAGAGCAAGGAAUGGUAUCAUGCCAACCUGUCCAGGAGUCAUGCGGAGAACAUGUUGAUGAGGGUUCCCCGCGAUGGGGCCUUCCUUGUUAGGAAGAGGGCGGAACCCAACUCAUUUGCCAUCUCGUUCAGGGCUGAGGGUAAGAUUAAGCACUGUCGUGUGCAGCAGGAGGGUCAGACUGUGGUGCUGGGCACUUCAGAGUUUGACAGCCUAGUAGAUCUCAUCAGUUACUAUGAGAAACACCCUCUGUACCGAAAGAUGAAGCUUCGCUAUCCCAUCAAUGAGGACACACUGGAGAAGAUUGGCACUGCUGAGCCAGACUACGGGUCGCUGUAUGAGGGCAGGAACCCAGGAUUUUAUGUGGAAGCUAACCAGAUGCCAACAUUCAAGUGCACAGUGAGAGCCAUGUAUGAGUAUAAAGCCCAGAGGGAUGAUGAACUCUCUUUCACCAAGAAUGCCAUCAUCUCUAAUGUGGACAAACAAGAAGGAGGAUGGUGGAAGGGUGACUGUGGAGGGAAGAAGCAGCUGUGGUUUCCUGCCAACUACGUGGAAGAGAUCAGUCCAUCAGCGGUGGAGCCUGACAGAGCUGAGAUGACAGAGAAUAGCCCUCUGGGAGAUCUGCUGAGAGGAAGUGUGGACGUGUCUUCCUGUCAGAUUGUUGUGCGCCCAGAUGGGAAGGGCAGCAGGCUUCAUGUCUUCUCCCUGAUGCCGGCCACCUCUCAGCAGGUGGGCCAGGUGCUAGACAUCGCCGCCAACAGCCAAGAAGAACUCAAGGAGUGGGUGGUCAAGAUUCGUGAGGUCACCAUGACCUCAGAGGCCAAGUUGGAGGAGGGGAAGAUAAUGGAGCGGAGGAAGAAGAUUGCUCUGGAACUGUCUGACCUGGUCAUCUACUGUAGGCCUGUGCCUUUCGACGAGGACAAGAUUGGCACAGAACGUGCCUGUUUCCGGGACAUGUCAUCCUUUCCUGAGACCAAGGCAGAGAAGUAUGUCAACAAGAUCAAGGGGAAGAAGUUCCUGCAGUACAACCGGCUACAGCUGUCCAGGAUCUACCCCAGAGGCCAGAGACUCGACUCAUCUAACUACGACCCUCUGCCUAUGUGGCUCUGUGGAUCCCAGCUGGUAGCACUCAACUUCCAGACAGCAGACAAGCCCAUGCAGAUGAACCAGGCUCUGUUCAUGCUGAAUGGAAGGAGCGGCUACGUCCUCCAGCCGCCCAUCAUGAGGGACGACAACUUUGAUCCCUUUGACAGACAUACUCUUCGAGGCCUUGAACCCGUCACUCUGCAGAUAGAGGUACUGGGGGCUCGCCAUCUGCCCAAGCACGGCCGUGGCAUUGUAUGUCCUUUGAUCGAGAUCGAGGUGUGUGGGGCAGAGUAUGACAGUGCCAAGCAAAAAACUGACUCAGAAGCUGACAACGGUCUCAACCCCACGUGGCCACGAAAGCCAUUCCACUUCACAGUGUGCAACUCCGCCUUUGCUUUCCUGCGCUUUGUGGUGUAUGAGAUUGACAUGUUCAGUGACCAAAACUUCCUGGCUCAGGCCACCUUCCCCAUCAGUGGCCUCAAGACAGGUUACCGGUCUGUGCCUCUGAAGAACAGCUACAAUGAGGAUCUUGAGUUGGCUUCUCUUUUGGUCCACAUGGACAUCAUCAGGGGCAGGGAUGAAAAUGGAGAGGUUUUGAGCCCAUUUCUGGGAGUUGGGGCUGCAUCUGUGGCAUCAAUAGCCCAAGCAGGUCGUGAGCGUCUAGCAGAUACGGGCUCCACGUCCUCGGCCUCCUCCGUCGUGUCCCCUCUGCUGCAGUCCCCAGCCUACAGGGGCCGUGAGGGCUCCUUCGAAGCCCGCUACCAGUCCCCCCUAGAUGACUUCAGGGUGUCCCAAGAGGCACUGCUGGACCACAUGGACCCACAGAACAGAAGGAUGAUGCGGAGGACCAGAGUGGGCGGAGAAAACCGUGUGUAGGUCCAGACCAAUCAGGACAUGUUUCUGUUGCAAACCCCCCCCCAACAACCCCCUUCCCAGUCGCCUCUCCCCGUACCGAUGAUGUCACUGACUGCUGUGAACACUGUUUCCAUGGAAACGCCCACCACCGCUUUGGCCUACAUUUCAGGCAGCUCUCCCUCCCUCCAUUCUCCAUUCCCCUUUCCUUCCCUGCCACCACUCCCGCCCCCCCGGCCUCAUCUACACUCUCCUGAAGAGAAGGAGUGACUCGAACAUGGGAGGGGGGCUGAGGGGAAGCUGACGGCUGUGGACAGGAAGGAGAAACGGACAAACAACCGGAGAACAAAAAGUGAGGCUGAAAAGUUCUGGCCCUGGACUAGCCAUAUGUGUGGCACGUUGUUUUCUGUUGUGUUUUUAGGUGAGCACAACAGCUGCUUAGUUUGGAGGGUAAAAGGAGGGAAAGAGAGAGCUGUAAAAGGUAUCAGUUUGAAACUGUUUCCAGGUGAAGGUGUUAAGUUUCUUUGCUCCUCUCUCUUUGGCAUAUAUGAAUAUAUAUAUUUAUUCCUGCUGUGCUGUUGGCCAGAGAACAGCAGCAGCUGACCUGCUCUCAAAGAGCUCCUGUCUCCAAGUUUUUAAUUAUUAUUAUUUAAACCUUUAAACAUUCAUAAUGUGACUUUCAUUUUUUAAAAUGUAUAUGUGUAAAACACGAGGGCUCUUUAUGGCUAUUUUUAAUGUGUCUCUCCUCUGUGCUUUGUGGAGGAACUUGCGCACCUCCAGUCUAACACACCCUAAUCCUGGAGUGAUUUUUAAUUCUUUUUUUUUUUUUUUUCUUUUUUUUUUUUUUAAAGGCAUCAGGAAGAAGUCAUAGCCUGUUUAUGUUGAAAGCAGCCAGAGAGCAAGCAGCAUCAUAUGUUACGUAUGCAUACACACUCAGCCAAACGUUUUUCCUUUUUUUAUUUCCCACUUACAUUCCAAAAAACUGCACAUCAUUCCAUUUUCCUGCGUUGCAGGUGCCUUUACCAGCCAACCUGACAAAGUAACAGUUCUCACUUCUCAUCCACUGAUAGUCUUACUCCGCUAUGAUUAUGUCUGUAGGGUUUGUAACCCCACACAUUGAGUGAUGCAGCAGGACCGGUGAUACCUGUCAAAAGUGAAUGAUCUCUGAGUGAAUGAUGUUCAUAUUGACAGCUCUAGUUGUUUUUUCUCAUUUGGAUUUUAAUUUGUAUUAUCUAUCCGUAUGUUUACAGGGGGCUAGAUGAUGCCUUUGUACUGGCAGCACAGAAAUGUAUGGUUUACUCUUGACAUAAUGACAUUUCCCUCUGUUCCAAUAGGCUGCUGAAAAGAUUGUGAUAGAUAAUUUGAUCUUGCUUCUUAAUCGCACGUAUACAUCUUGAAGAUUUUGUUCCUCUGAAAACUGCACAAUUUUCAGUUCUUGGAAAUAUUCUGAAAGAAACUAAAUGUUUCAGAAUGGUCAAUGCACAAUAUUUAAUUGUGGGAACUAAAAUGUUGAUGCACAGUUAUACAUGAUUAAUUGUGCAGCCCCAGAUUUUCAGUGAUCUGAUGGAAAUGUAUUUAUGCUUACUUAAGUUUCAAGUCUUAAAAGCAAGUGUGUGCCCCAUCCAGUGUUUGAUUUUUUUUUUUUUUUUUUUAACUUAACUCUCCCCCAUAACUGCCAAAGCUAUAUGAUUAUAGCAGCGAUGGUAAUGGCCACCAUUAUCAUAUUUUAAUUCAAUGGCUGUUUGGAAAAUGUGUUGUGGUUUUAAAAGAUGUCUCUGUUAAAAGCAGCCUCAGGUUCCUCAGCAAAUGCCUCUUGCUGUUUCCAGCUUCUCUGCAAAGUCUUAAGUGUUCCUCUGUUGACAUCAGUGUUGCCUUUUAGUUUGGGGUCUCUUAUGUUUGAAUUAGAGAGUAGAGUGAACAGAAGGACAGAUAACCAAAUGAGAUACAGUACUGUUCACCAACAGUGACCAAAUGAGAGAAGACGAUUUGCCAUUUUUUUUUAUGCGUCGCACCACAAAGACAAAGGUGUUUAUUCUCUCAUGGUAUUCUGGGGAGUUUUGUUGCAGCACAAAGUUGCUUUCCAGAAACCUCAAAGGCUUUUAAGUCGCACUGCCAUGAUGUAGUAGUUUAAUUGCCACUCCCCAUGAAUUUGUGACAAAAUGAAAAAAAUAGAGACUGUGUAAAUAACCAGGAGAGGGCUAAAUCAUAAUGUCAAGCUUUGGUCCUAAUCCCCAGCAACUUCACUUGAGUAUUCAUCAUUCCCAAACUUUGGAUUCUCAUUCUGGCUUGUACUUACACAUUUGUAUAACUUGGUAAUCAAGGCUUCUCAAGUUAAACGAUGUUGCCCUUACACUUGCGGGCAGCUCUGGUUUCCUGUGGUUCUGGUAUGAGAAUUUGGGAGGAGUAGGCUAAAUCUAGGCUUGCGCUUAAGGCUUUGUUGUAGCUGUAUUUGUGUGGGUCAUGGCUGCCAAGAUGCUAAGGGGGCGGAAAUUCAUGGUCUGGCCUUAAGUGAGCCUAGACAAAGCAUGUAUUAAUCAGCGGUGUUGUCUUCUCCAGGUUUGUAUCAGAAAGUGUUUUCUAUUACCUAAUUUAAGUUAUUGACUGUAUGAUGUAAACUCAGUAUUCUCACUCAUAACGUUUUUCCACUGGGACACUCCUAAGCCAUAUGGUAUGACGUAGUUAAGGUAAAAGCAGGGGCUGGUUUGAAUUCUUCAGGUCUCACAGAACAUUUUUGGCACCUUGUAUUUGCACCCCUACUUGAUCCCAAAACUGAUAUUUCUCCUCUCAUGGUCAAUGACUGGUCUGUGUUGUGGAGAGUUCUCCCUCCAAUGCUGCAUUGCUCUUGCUGCUGACCUGUCUGCUGAUGUCUAUGUGCCUCUCUGUCUGUGUACACAUCACUUUACAGCCACAUCAUUCACACACACACACACUCUGUUGGGCUCCGGUGUCAUUUGGUUUCACUUAAAAAAAAAAAAAAAAAAAAAAAUCUGGUCUGUUUUGUCACACAUGGUUUCAUUUACAAACAACGCCUUUCUGUAAUGUGCCUAAGCUAUGGACAAGAAAAGUAUUCAUUUUAAUUUUGCCUUUCAUAUGAAACAUAUUCAACCCUGAAAAGUAAAUAAAAUACUACUUAAUACUA